GUCGAAGAUAUAUUUCCUCCAGGAAUGGAGAGUGUUGUCCGAUAUACCUAGGAUUGGACGAAUUGGUUUGAGCCUACGGCACUCACCCAACGUGACCAUGAAGCUGGUAUUCCUGCCGCCGAUCCAACCUCUCCUAGGGAUGGCUGGGAGAUGGUGCCGUGGAACAAGCACGAUUCUCCGCCGGGAUACGACCACAUGCACAAGCUCAAGUCAUGUUACGUCACGAUCAACUCCGGAUUCGACACAUCCGGCGGCCGAAGACCAUGGCUUGUUUGGUAAUAAGGUGCUGCUCCUCGGCCUUUCCAGACCGCCGGUGCCGUUAUGUCUCUCGGACCUAGUUACAGUUCUCACAUCGUCCAUCUUAAUCGGGGGCAUCAAAACGGCACUUGCUGAAGCAAGCGAUACAUGUGUUGCUUGGGACCAGCAAGAGUUACGGCCGCGGACUGCGAUACCAACGUGUUCCACAUCAGUUGUUGCAGGGCACAGUCUGCCCGACCGGACGACGAGCCCGUCCGGCAUUGGCAGGUCUGGGGGAUCGCCGGCAUAUAUUAUUGCACUCGGCUUUCUGCUAUUGCUGUUAUCGGUGGGACUUGCGUACCGGUUCCUGGCCCGUUCCAGACUAUCAAAAGGCGACAGCACGAGGAAGACACGGCUUACAUUGCCAGCCAUGGCAUUACUGGCCCUGACAUCACUAAUGGCGAUCACGGGCCUACACCUCCGCGUGGCUUCCGGUCAAUACUCAUGGACAUCCUGGACAGCCAGCCAGACUGCUGCGAGCCAGGGCCCCGUCUUCACGCUUCCGAUUUCCGCGGACUGGGGCAUGAAUGUGUUGCCCAACAUCAACGAUGCCGAGGCCGUGGAUGCCCAGGGGGUGUGUCCCGGUUACAAGGCGUCCAACGUGCACGAGUCGGAGAGCGGUUUCACGGCCGACCUGGACCUCGCCGGCCCGGCAUGCAAUGUAUACGGGAACGACAUCGAGCACCUGGCGUUGUCUGUCGAGUUUCAGAGCGAGGAUCGGGUCCAUGUGGAGAUCCGGCCCCGCUACAUCAGCCCCGGAAACGAGACUUGGUUCCUUCUUCCCGAGGUGCUUGUCCCGCGGCCCCCUCACGAUCCCCGCUACGACCAGUCCAGGUGCGAUUUGGCUGUGUCCUGGUCCAACGACCCGACCUUCUCUUUUGCUGUGCGACGCAGGAAGACCGGGGAGACGAUCUUCUCGACGGAAGGGAAGGUGCUUGUGUAUGAGGACCAGUUCAUCGAAUUCGUUUCCCAGCUUCCCGAGAACUAUAAUCUGUAUGGGCUUGGUGAGGUCAUACACGGGUUCCGCCUGGGCAAUAAUCUGACAAGGACCUUGUUUGCCGCUGACGUGGGGGACGUGAUCGAUGCCAACAUCUACGGGAACCAUCCCAUCUAUCUGGACACGAGAUACUACGAAGUGAGCGAUUCAGGUGAGCUGACCUAUGUGCCCGAUGCGACGGAUACGGCGGCCAACUAUGUCUCGUACACGCACGGUGUGUUCCUCCGAAACGCGCACGCGCAGGAGAUCCUUCUCCGGCCGUCUGGCAUCACAUGGAGGACCUUGGGUGGGAGUAUCGAUCUGUACUUCUACAGCGGACCGAGUGCAGAGGACGUCGCAAAGGCCUACCAGCAGACCACGGUCGGGUUGCCGGCCAUGCAGCAAUACUGGACACUCGGCUACCACCAGUGCCGCUGGGGAUACGAGAGCUGGGCGGCCUUGCAGGAAGUGGUCGACAGUUUUGAGAGGGCCGGGAUCCCACUGGAGACCAUCUGGGCCGACAUUGAUUACAUGAAGCUGUACCGGGACUUUGAGAACGACCCUGUGAAGUACAGCUACAGCGAAGGUGCUGAGUUCUUGGCCAAACUCCAUGCGAAGCAUAAGCACUGGGUACCGAUUGUCGAUUCGGCCAUCUACGCCCCGAACCCGGAGGACCCCAGCGACGCUUAUCCUCCGUACGAGCGCGGGGUCCAGGCGAAUGCGUUCGUUCUGAAUCCGGACGGGUCCAUCUAUUACGGCGCGGUGUGGCCUGGGUAUACUGUAUUCCCCGACUGUGUCGGCGCUGUUCUUAACGGCAGUGGUGCCAUUGACUGGUGGAUCGACGAAGUGUCGAGGUGGUCUGAGAAGGUCGCAUUUGACGGCCUCUGGAUCGAUAUGUCCGAAGUCGCCUCAUUCUGCGUUGGGAGUUGUGGCACCGGGAACUUGACCCUGAAUCCAGCCCAUCCGCCGUUUGAGCUUCCCGGCGAGCCAGGCAACCUUGUCCUGCAGUAUCCCGAAGGCUUCGAGCGCACGAACUCCACGGAGGCAGCCUCAGCGUCGUCUGCAUUGCAAUCACAGGCUGCUACGAGUACACCCACCACGAGCUCGACGUCUUACCACCGUACCACGCCUACGCCUGGGGCGCGGAACGUAAACUGGCCGCCCUAUGUGAUCAAUAACUACCACGGCGACCUGGCCGUCCACGCCACGAGCCCCAACGCAACCCACCACGGCGGCUACGUCGAGUACGACUUCCACAACCUGUUUGGCCACUUGAUCCUCAACGCCACGUACCACGCCCUACUGAAGGUGCACGGAGGGAAACGUCCGUUCAUUAUCGGGCGCAGCACCUUUGCCGGGUCCGGAAAAUGGGCGGGCCACUGGGGCGGCGACAACGAGGCGCUCUGGGCGUACAUGUACUUCAGCAUCCCGCAGGCGCUGUCCUUCUCCAUCUUCGGCAUCCCCAUGUUCGGCGUCGACACCUGCGGCUUCGGCGGCAACAGCGACUACGAGCUCUGCUCGCGCUGGAUGCAGCUCAGCGCCUUCUUCCCCUUCUACCGGAACCACAAUGUCCUGGGCGCCAUCCCCCAGGAGCCCUACGUCUGGAGCAGCGUCGCCGACGCGGCCAGGACAGCCAUGCGCAUCCGCUACUCGCUCCUCCCGUACCUGUACACGCUCAUGGCGCGCGCCAGCCUCGACGGCAGCACCGUGAUGCGCGCCCUGGCGUGGGAGUUCCCCAGCGAGCCGUGGCUGGCGCACGCCGACCGGCAGUUCAUGCUCGGCAGCGCCUUGAUGGUCACCCCCUGCCUGGAACAGGGCGCCUCGACCGUCGGCGCUGUCUUCCCCGGCGCUGCUACUCAGGGGACGAUCUGGUAUGAUUGGUACACUCUCACGGCAGUGGAGGAUGCCAUGGUCAAGCCGGGCCAGAAUGUCACCAUCGACGCCCCGCUCGGACAUAUUCCGGUGUAUCUGCGCGGCGGCAGCGUGCUGCCCAUCCAGGAGCCAGGUAUGACUACCACGGAGAGCCGGAAGAAUCCGUGGGGCUUGAUCGUGGCGCUCGAUAGAGACGGAUGUGCUACGGGGAGCCUCUACCUUGACGACGGUGAGAGUCUGGAGCCGAGUGCUGUCACAUGGGUGCAGUUCUCUGCCAAGACCGAUUCGUUGACUGUGAGACCAGAGGGGACUUACGUCGAUACGAACGCCCUUGCGAAUGCCACCAUCAUUGGGCUACGUGAGGCCCCAUCGAAAGUGUGGUUCAACGGGGACGACCUUGACCCUUCGUGCUGGAACUAUUCAGAGGACAAGGCACUGCUGUCUUUGCGUGGUCUAAACCAGCUAUUCCCGCACGGGGCAUGGGCGACCGAGUGGGAGAUUAGCUGGGGACAGUAGUAGAUUUUUACCGGUAUGUGACGAUUCUGGAUAUGGCGAGUUGGAUAGCUGUUUCUAUGAAAACCAUUGCGGAGCAGGAAGCGAGUAAACAACCCAAUGGGGAUUACUCGAGAAAUCUACUAGAGUUAUACUUACCCCUGGUGGUAUUACCUGUUAUUGACGUCCAAUGGACUUCCCGAAUUUAAGAGCCAUCAAUCUAUGUUUUGGAACCUUGACCCAAAAUAGACACUCCUACGCCCGCUUUCUAUCCAAUCUUUGCCCCCUCCAGG